UUCAACCUGCAGCUGCAACCACAGAGAUGGAGACUACAGCAUUGCGGGAAUAACCGGGACUGCGUGCCGACUGCUCCAUUACAGGAUAUAAAAUUCAGUUUGCUGACUUUUUCUUUUAAGUAGGGACAUUGUUGGUGACUGAAAUGAUGUGCAGAAGGGCCGCAGACUUGCAGCUGUCACUGGGUUAAAAGCUGUCAACCUUGAAGGAGGAAGGUGAGGAGGGUAUUGGGAGAUUGGGAGAAGUCUGUUUGGACUGCUCGGAGCUCAUUCGUGACGCCUGGCAUCUGCAGCGCGGACCCGGAUCUCACUUCCGACCAGGAGACUUUUUUUUUUUUUUUUUUUUUUUGCUGCAUUCACGAUGAUCUGAGUGUGACUUCUUGGCGCUAAGUAGAGGCAAUCCUCUUCCUCCUCACUCUCUCCCUCCUUCCUCUUUCUUUCUCACCGCCUCCCCUCCGUGCUUGUCUUUCAUUUCUUUUCGCGGGCUCAGCACAGGCUGCCCAGUCAGUCAGUCAGCCCCCCUUUUUUGUGCCAGCGUCGGGGAAGCUGGUAGCGAUGGGACGACUCGGUUUCAGCACCACGGAGAGCGCCAAAUUCCUGCUGCUCGGUGCUUUUGGUGCACUGGCACUGUCCGUGGUGCUGGCAGGGCAGGAGGGGGAGAACCUGUCCGGACUCUCCGACAACCCAGACAAAGCCAUCUUCGCUGUCCGGGAGAACAGCACGACAUGUCUGAUGGUGGAGUUCGCAGUAAAAUUCCUUGUGCCAUAUGACGUGCUCGCGCUCAACGGAAUAGACCUAAUCACAGAGCAGGCGUCUUUCACUUUGCCCCGUGGAGCCGAAAUCGAGGGUAAAUGUGGAAGCACGGAGUCAGAGAUCAACAUCUCCUGGAAGAAUAACGCCUACACCCUCCGCAUUUAUUUCUCUAAGGAGUUCCGUGACAAAGGCAUUGAGGUAUGGAAGAUUAGCAAAGUCCAGUUCGUGUAUGACACCUCGGAGACGUCCCAUUUUAUCAACGCAUACAACCCUGGGAAGCACACAGCCAGCACACACCGGCUGUCAGCCCUGGUGACCCCUGCGGGGCGCUCUUUUGUGUGCACGGCUCAGCAGACCCUCACCCUCAUCUCAAGCGACCACCAGAAGGGCGUCACAGUUUCCAUGUAUGAUAUCCAGAUCCAGCCAUUCGACAUCGCCUCUGACUUCAUGUUCAGUGAACCCUAUAAGUGCAUCACCGACCAGCGGGAGCGCCUGGAGGAAACCCUCCCCAUCAUCCUGGGUGUCAUUUUGGGCCUGAUAAUCGUCAUCACGCUCACCAUCUACCACUUCCACCUCAAGCUAACAGCAAAUCAGCCGCAGCUCCCCAGAGACCGCUCCAUGUACAAGAACAUGUAGGUAGCGGCGUCUCCCUCGGCUCUCUCCAAAGCUUUCCUUAAAACAGACUCGUCUCCUCUUUGUCCCAGGCCUCCAACGCCACAAAAGGGUCAAGUCCUCACGCUGGACUGAAUCCUGAUUGACAAAUGUGAGUGGCCUUCAAUCCACUGCCCACUGGAGCUUUUGAACAGCUAAAAGACAAGUUAAAGGGACAACAUGGGGACCAGCAUGGGUAGAGUUGGAGGGGAAACCCACCCAAAAAAACAAUAACAUGAUGGCUGAUAUGAAUCUUGAUUCAGUAGUUUGCAUUAACGUCCUUAAAAUGUUCAUGAAAACAAGCUCCAGGUGACUAGAUUUUUCUCUUUCAUCACUCAAAAUUAGUGUAUCACUUCAGCUACAUUUGAUCCAAAUUCCUGAACUUCUGCUGUCAUGUCCUCUCUUUCUCUCCUCUCUGAAACUGCUGCUAAAUGACUUUAUGGCCGUUUGUUGGAUCUGUAUUUGCUCACUUUAAUUUUAUUUAUUUAUUUAUUUAUUUAUUAACUUACUUUAUUUAUUUAUUUAUUUAUUUAUUAACUUACUUUAUUUAUUUAUUUAUUUGUUUAUUUUUCAGCCCCUUUCCUGUUACAUUUUGAAUGCAGCCAUAGUGUUGACAGUGGUCAGUCUUGUAAUGUACAGUGCAAUUUUUGCUUUGACUUCAGACCUUUUCUCCACAACAAUGUAUAAAACAUUUAAAAAAAUGAAAGAAAAUAUAUAACAUUGGUCACAAAUACCAUACUUCAUAGUGAAGAUUUUAUCUGAAUAAAAAGAGUGUUUAUCAAAGUGCAGAGAGGUUAUUAAACAACACGUGUGUGUAAAAUAUUUUCUGAGUGAAAGUCUAUGCAUAAGCCUCUCCUGAUGCAAUCGUGUGCAGUAAUCUGUUUGAAAUAAAUUGCUGAGUACCCUAUAUUAUUUCCAUUAUUACAGUUUUGACUUCUUACACUACACUUCUUCUACCAACCAUAAUGAACAGCAAAGAAAACUAAUUCUAUGUCCUUUGUGUUAGUGAAAAAUGUUGGCGAUCACAAAAGGUAAAAAUUUCUUAUAAAUGCAUUGAUGAAUGACAGAGUGAAGUGAGUGAGUGAUAUACCCAUCAGUAGAGACGCUCCCAGGAUGAAGUAUUGAUUUAGUUCUUUGGCUCUGAGCCUUCAAAAGGAAACGCAAUGUAAA